CACGACUUAUGGUAUCCAUUCAAUAGAGAAGAUUAUAUAUAUUUGGUCAUUUGUAUUGCAUUCAUAUGCGAUAUGCAAGGACUAGUAUGCAAUGCAGCGUGCCAAACCACAUUGCUUUGCUUGAUGAUUUAUGCAAGAACAAGACUGAAAAUCUUACAAAGUCGCUUGCGAAAGUUUGAUACGAUUGCUGUUGAAGAGUACGAAGGUGAUGUAGUACUCGCCGUCAAGGAUCUUAUAGCUGAACAUCAAUAUCUAAUAAAUUUCGUUAAAUCUUUGAAUGACAAAACGCAGCACGUGCUGUUGCUGGAGUUCAUGCUAAAUUCGCUAUGUUUAGCCUCUGGCACAAUUCAGUUUACUAUAGUAAGUACUAGUAGAAAACAUUCUUCCAGACAACAUUCCAACUUCCGAAUUGCAAAAUUGCUUUGCAAGAAAAGUUCGUCUCAAAAUGGUUGCGAACGAAACAAUGACUCUUACGACAAAUACCAGUUCACACAAAACAUUUUUUAUUAUCAUUUUCAGGUCAACACCACCUCGGGUUGGUUAGCCGUUGUAUUCCUUAACUUGUAUGUAAUGGCUCAGAUAUUUAUCCUAACGUGGCAUGCGAAUGAAAUAUCGGAGGAGGGUUUAGCAGUAUCGGAUGCCAUCGCUGCCAGUCAAUGGCAAAAACAAAGCAAAGAGGUACAAAAGUUGUUGAUAGUAAUGAUGAUGAUAGCUCAAAAGACAAUUGGUCUCACCGCGGGACCAUUUUUUCGAAUGACGAACUCUGCUGCGAUGCAGACUAUGAAAGUGGCUUAUUCCUACACGUCUAUAAUGAGGAAAAAUAUUCCUGAUUAGAUAUAAAACGCAAGAAAAAGCUUACCUUAAAUGUAGCGCUAAUUGGAAGUAGCCGUAGACUUAGUAAAAAAUUAAAUAAUCGAACACCUCCCAACUGGUUUACUAAUUUUCAUUGGAUGCAUCAGUGCAUCUAAAAUCCCCUAUUUCCAGCUAUCUGAAAAAUGAAUUAAACAAU